CAGCGAUGGGCGCUGGCGGCCCCCGGCGGGGCGCGGGUCCCCCAGACGGAGGCUGGGGCUGGGCCGUGCUGGGCGCCUGCUUCGUGGUCACCGGUUUCGCGUACGGCUUCCCCAAGGCCGUGAGCGUCUUCUUCCGCGCGCUCAUGCGCGACUUCGGCGCGGGCUACAGCGACACGGCCUGGGUGUCCUCCAUCAUGCUCGCCAUGCUCUACGGCACCGGUCCUGUCUCCAGCAUCCUCGUGACCCGCUUUGGCUGUCGCCCGGUGAUGCUGGUGGGUGGGCUGUUGGCCUCGGCGGGCAUGGUCCUGGCAUCCUUCGCCACGCGCCUCCUGGAGCUGUACCUGACGGCCGGGGUGCUCACAGGCCUGGGCCUGGCCCUCAACUUCCAGCCGUCGCUCAUCAUGCUGGGGCUGUACUUCGAGCGGCGGCGGCCCCUGGCCAACGGGCUGGCGGCGGCGGGCAGCCCCGUGUUCCUGUCGGCGCUGUCGCCGCUCGGCCAGCAGCUGCUCGAGCACUUCGGCUGGCGCGGCGGCUUCCUGCUGCUCGGCGGCCUCCUGCUGCACUGCUGCGCGUGCGGCGCCGUCAUGCGCCCGCCGCCGGGCCCCGGCCCGCGGCCUCGCGGGGACAGCGCGGACGGCGCUCCCGGGGAGGCGGAGGCGGAGCGCGCGGGGCUGCGUCUGCGCGAGGCGCCCUCUGGCGGCCGCAGCCGCCGGCGCCUGCUGGACGUGGCGGUGUGCGCGGACCGCGCCUUCGGGGUGUACGCCAUCACCAAGUUCCUGAUGGCGCUCGGGCUCUUCGUGCCCGCCAUCCUGCUGGUGAACUACGCCAAGGACGCGGGCGUGCCGGACGCCGACGCCGCCUUCCUGCUGUCCAUCGUGGGCUUCGUAGACAUCGUGGCGCGGCCGGCGUGCGGCGCCCUGGCGGGCCUGGCGCGCCUGCGACCCCAUGUCGCCUACCUCUUCAGCCUGGCCCUGAUGGCCAACGGAAUCACGGAUCUGAGCAGCGCGCGUGCGCGCUCCUACGGCGCCCUUGUCGCCUUCUGCGUCGCCUUCGGCCUCUCGUACGGCAUGGUGGGUGCGCUGCAGUUCGAGGUGCUCAUGGCGGCCGUGGGUUCGCACCGCUUCCCCAGCGCGCUGGGCCUGGUGCUGCUCGUCGAGGCCGUGGCCGUGCUCAUCGGACCGCCCUCUGCCGGCCGCCUGGUGGACGCCCUGAGGAACUACGAGGUCAUCUUCUACCUGGCCGGCUCCGAGGUGGCCCUGGCCGGGGUCUUCAUGGCCGUCGCCACCAAGUGUUGCCUGCACGGCCGCCGCUCUCAAGACACCCGGCCCAGCCAAGGCGCCGGGGGCACGGCCAGCGACAGUGAGGACGCUGAGGCGCCAGGCGACUCUGAGGCCCUGCCCGCCGGGGCUGAGGAGCCUGGCAGCCUCGAAGCCCGGGAGGUGCCGAGCCCGGGGGCCGCGGCACCAGAGGCGCAGGCGGAACCAGGGCGGGAGCCCAAGCCUGUAUAG